AUAAAACGUUUCAGCGCGUUGGUUUGAUCUCCUGGAUUGGCUGGAUGGAGCAGGGCGAAACUGGUGGACUGAAUGGCGCAAAAAUAUAUAUCCAUUACUUGAAAUGAAAUGCAUGUGGACACAAGAGGACUUAACGCACAUUUCAAGGUGAAUUUAUGAAACUAUUUUCUUUGGGACUUUACUCUAGCACCAGCGUGCACUUUGCUUUGGACUGAUUUGUACUCAUCCUCGAUACCUUCUUGGACGCAAACACAAAAACUAAUUUGUAAAUAUUGUCUGGUAGCCUAAACCAUAGGACUAGACAAUAGAAAACUUUAUGGAUAGCGAAAUCAAAAUAAAAUGAAUUUCCCGCCGUUGUGUCGACUUCUCUAAUGACUGCAUGGGCUUGACUUCUUAUAGUUGCACCUGGUCUGUGGUCAUCGGAGUCCCCCAAUAAGGAACUUCAGUGCAGAAAGCUUUAUAAUUGGUAAUAACUUUUCACACAAAGUUUUUAAAUGUUCAGCCUUAGUUGAACUAUAGGUGAACAAGAGCGCGCACCAGGAGCAAUAACGCACAUAAUAUAACUAAUACAACCUCCCAUUUGCGCGGCAUAAAUUAAUUUAUUGAAACCAUCUUGACAUCUUUAAACAAGAUAAAAAGGAUAAACAUAUUUGUAUUCAUGUGUCUUGUGUAACAAAUGCACCUUCUAGGGGACAGAUAAAGAUUCUACUCAAACCUUUCUAAACUAAAAUCAGAUUGACCCUUUAGCCUAUAUUCUCACAGGAGGAAGAUGGUGGCUGGUUAGUAUGGCCGUCAUUUACCCAAAUUGGCGUAAACUGUGAAGACUGGUUUUUAUGAGGAGCUAAGGUGAUGCGCGCUAAGAGGGUCGCGUGAAUAAACAUAGGUGCCCUUCUUUGGAGCAAAUACUUAGACAAAAACACUGCCUAUACCAAAUAUACCAGGAAUAACCUCAAUAUGCAAUAUCCCGAAGACUUCGAUGCUAAGUGACUGUAAUUAUUUCUCCAUUCUGAGUGCACUGACAGGUGUUCUGCUGCUCGCAUCUGAAGACAGUUGACAGUUUCUCUACGUCUUUUCAAACGUGUUUCAAUUUAUUCAAAUGUUGGUAUUGGAAGUGCUACCAAUUUGAUAUCUUCAGAUACAGGGUUUAGGGACUGAACUCAUUAAUUUCCUCCUGAACCUUUAAUAUACAAAAUGUUGCUUAUCAGACUACUGGCUGUUGUCUUUAUACUUGCCAACACAUGGCUGCUGGACUCUGCGCAAUCAGAUCAUAUCCGAAGGUACAAACGCACAAUAGCCCAAAAAGCCGACAGAGAGUUGGCUCACUUAGGUGAACAGUGCAGGUCCAGCGUUAGACACCCAAGGCAAUCUCGCUGGUUAUCUGCGCAACGAUACCCUCUUGUGGCCUAUCCUAGGACACACACACUGUGGCGGAGGGACCUCCACCACUUCGCUGGUGCCGAGGAGUCCGUUUGUGGUGCGAGUGGCUGCCGACCUAACGAAAACACGGACCCUAAAUCCUAUAAAGGCUCUGCUUGGAGUUUGGAUGGCAAGAGCUUAGGUGGGGAUAUUUCAGAAGAGGUGCAAACCAGACCUAAGGGACUUCACACACAUGCACAAGUCAGUCUACAUCAACCUGCCCCCAGCGAAACAGUUCUCAUUCAAUCUGAAACUCUGGACUCAGACACAAACUCCGACAAACCAGAGGCUGGACGGCUACAACAGCGGGGUCACCCCCAUCUACCUGAAACCCAGUCACUCCUGACCGAUGGUCUCCCUGACAUCUCCCUCCACCGCAGUCCCACGACGUCCUACCAUGACGGCGAGGACGGAUGGGAAGCGUACCCUGACAGCCGGGUCACCUCCAACCCCCAGGGGCUCCCGCAGCAGCACGGCGACUACUCGGCUGAGAGGGAAGACUACUCCGGGGAGCAGGACGGAGGCCCGGAAGCCUCCAGCCCCACCAGCAGUGCAUCGCCCUGGGGAUCUGAGGGGCCACGUGUGCCCUCUAACCGGAUGUCUGCCCUAUACUUCAGUGGGCAGAGGAAGCAGCUGAGGGUUAACCCAGCUGCCAACGUGGAGCUGCCCAGGGCUGAGUUCACACUAGAGCUGUGGGUUAAGCCUGAAGGAGGACAAGCUAACCCAGCCAUCAUGGCAGGGGUUUUUGACAACUGCUCCCACUCGUUGAGUGAGAAAGGAUGGGCGGUAGGUAUUCGGACCUUUGAGCCCAUGGAUCAAAAAGACGCCAGGUUCUUCUUCACGCUCCGCACUGAUCGGGCUCCCAAGUCCACCACUGUCUAUGGACACAGGCGUUACGAGCCCAACACCUGGACACAUCUGGUGGCGACUUACGAUGGGCACAAGAUGGGCCUGUACAUAGAUGGUGCCAAGGUUGGAGAAAGCAGCUUGCAGUCCGGUGAUCUCUACAGCCCCUUCAUGAGGGCCUGCCGGACACUACUUUUAGGGGGAGACCACUCUGAGCUUGGACAGAACUUCCGGGGUCACGUGGGGAGCAUGGUGUUGUGGGGUCACCCUCGCAGUCACGAGGCCCUCUUGAAAAAGCCUUUCCUGGGUGAUAAGACGGAGCCGCUCCUGGCUCUAUGGGGCGAUUUCUCUGAGGUGGAGCACCAGUGGAUACCUUACAAGGCUAGCGGCUACCCAUCCAUUGCGGCCCCCCCGGUACCACAACGCGAGCACGUUUCUCCCUUCCUCCCCCCACCCUGUGGACUGACCACCUGCGACAACACAGACAUCAUUCUCAGCUACAACUCCCAUUGGCAGCUGCGCACAGAGAAACACAUCCGCUACAGGGUGGUCAACAUCUGCAAUGAUGAUGGCAGUAACCCUACUGUCUCUGAGACCCAGAUCCACCAGCAGCACCGGGCGCUGGUCGAGGCCUUCCGGCCCUACAACAUCACCCUGGAACUCAGCACCCACGCCGUUCGCAACUCCUCCUUGCGCCAGCGUUUCGUCCUGAGCAACUGCCGAAUCUCCAAGAUUGGGAAUGGCCACUGUGACCCCGAGUGCGACCAUCCGCUGACGGGCCACGACGGAGGGGACUGCCAGCGUCUGGGUCUGGGCCCCUGCUACGAAUGGAAGAAGCAGGACGGGGUCUGUAACAUGGAGUGCAACAACAACCGGGACCACUACGAUGAGGGCGACUGCUGUGACCCGGAGGUUACAGAUGUCCUGAAAACCUGCUUCGACGGCGAGUCACCUGAUAGGGCCUACAUGAGUGUGAAGGAGCUGAAGGAGGUGCUGCAUCUGGGCAGCUCUGACACGCUCAAUGUGUUCUUUGCCAACAACUCUGCUCGUGAGGAACUGGCAGGAGCUGCUACCUGGCCCUGGGCGAAGGAGGCCCUCAGUCACCAGGGCGGGAUGGUGCUGAACCCAGCCUACUUUGGCACCGUGGGCCACAACAACACCAUGAUCCAUGAGAUGGGACAUAUCUUUGGACUGUACCAUGUCUUCAAGGGGGUGAGUGAGCGCGAGUCGUGCGAUGACCCCUGCCAGGAGACCACGCCCUCCAUGGAGACAGGAGACCUGUGUGAGGAUACGGCACCCACGCCAAAGUCAAAGUCAUGCCAUGACCCGGGGAUCGUCAAUGACACUUGUGGAGUAACUUUCUACCGGGACACGCCCUACAAGAACUAUAUGAGCUACACAGAUGAUAACUGUACCAACCAUUUUACUCCAAACCAAGUUGCCCGAAUGCAUUGCUACAUAGACCUGGUCUAUCAGAAUUGGCUCAAAGAACGCAGGCCAACCCCCAUUCCUCUCCCUCCCAUGGUGAUUGGACAAAGCUCAGAUUCAGUCUCAAUUAAUUGGCUCCCACCUCUUAGGGGGCCGUUGCACCCAAGCUCUCCCCAGAUGGAGGGAGGAACCUGCCGUGACUGUGAAGGUGACGGAGUGUUCCACCAGUAUGCUUCUGAGGCCACCUCCCCCCGUGUUUGUGACAUCUCUGGUUACUGGACCCCCGAUGAGGCCAUCGGCCCUCCAGAUGUAGAGCAACCUUGCGAGCCCAGCCUGCAGGCGUGGAGCCCUGAGCUCAGCUUCUAUGAGGGGAACGUGACGUCCCCCUGCCCUGCCGUAAAGGGCUGUGUCCUCACCCUGCGCUUCCUCCGGCCUGUCACCCCUCACAGCCUCACCCUCUGGGUCACCUACAUCUCCACCGAUUAUCACCAGCAGGCCAUUGCCAACAUCGAGCUGAUCACGGACACAGCCGAGUCUCUGGAACUGGGUCCCCAGCACGUCUUCUGUGACAUGCCCCUCACGCUACGCCUCAGCACACACAAGAGGGUGGUCGCCGUCAGACUGUUCACUUUCGAUGAGAAGAUGGAGAUCGAUGCCAUCAUGCUCUCCUCGGGCCCCAGGAACCCCCUCUGCUCUGGCUGCCAGCCUCUGAGCUACAGGGUCCAACGGAAGCCACAAUUCCACAAGGAGCCGGCCCGACAGACCGAGCAAACCUUUACUGACAGGGAGGUCGUCCAGGGGGUGCAGUACCUCUACAGGGUGCAGGUGGACGCAGACGGAGCCCUCAGCGAGCUGUCGCCACCUCUCUACCACACCCACGGGGCUGCUUUCUGCGGAGACGCGCACAUCCAGGGGAAGGAGGAGUGUGACGAUGGCAACCUAUUGGACGGGGAUGGAUGCUCGAAGAAGUGUCACAAGGAACCUGGCUUCAAUUGCAAUGGGGAACCCAGUCGGUGCUACGUAUUUGACGGGGAUGGUGUGUGUGAGGACUUUGAGAGGAGUCUGGGCUCCAGCGUGCUGGACUGCGGCUACUUUACCCCCCAGGGCUACAGUGACCAGUGGGCCUCCACGGCCUGGGCCUCCCACCAGGACCCCCGCCGCUGCCCAGCCCUGGCAGCCACGGGGGAACCCUCCCUCACCAAGCUCUGCCAGCAACAAUACCUGGAGCUGAGUGAGAAACCGUCGCAUGACAUCUGGGUCCCCUGUACUGCCAUGUCCUAUAGCGAGGACUAUAAUGACCUGCAGCAUCCAGUAUGGCUGAAGGUAGGUUUUGCUCGUCCCGGGGUAGCUGCAUCUGUGAUUGUCUACUUGGCCUCAGAUGGGGCCUGGCCAGGAGAGCAGUGCAGGAAGACGGUCUCCAUCCAGCUGUCCGACACCGCUGGCAGAAACCACUCUCUGGGUACCUACAUGCUGUCGUGCCAGCAGAACCCACUGGUGGUAAACAUAACCCACAACCUGAGCCAGCCCUUUUUCCUGACCACUGCCGUCCUGCUGAGAUUCUCCUCGCCACACGUGGCCGUGACCGGCGUGAACCUGCGGACUUCCUGUCACUUCAGCGCCUUCGCCCUCACUGGGUGUUUGCGUCGGCCGUGCCAGAUGGACAUAUGCAGCCCGCCGCAGCUGGAGCAUGCGGAGGUGAACUGUACAGGCGGCGGGGAGGCAUCCCGCUGCUCCGUGCACUGUCACCUCGGCUUCACCCUCUCCGUCCUGAGCGGCAAGGAGCACCCACCCAACCAGAGAGAGACAGACCUGGAGUGUGUCCAUGGCUCGUGGGACCGCACGGUGAGCUGCCAGCCCAUCGACUGCGGCCUCCCCGACCAGUCUCACGUCUACUACGCCAUCUUCAGUUGCCCCUGGGGAACUACGUUUGGCAAGCAGUGCUCCUUCUCCUGUGGUCCACCUGCUAUACUCCAGGGUGACAGUGACAGGUUGGUGUGUCUGGAGGAUGGCCUGUGGUCCUUCCCUGAGGCGUACUGUAAGAUAGAGUGUCCUGAAGCCCCCGUGAUGCCCAACGCCAGGCUCCUGGUGCCACACUGCCAGGCCACAGGCCAUGACAUGGGCACGGUGUGUCGCUACAAAUGCAACCCAGGAUACUAUGUCAAAGGCAGCCUGAACAAGGUGACACGGAAGAGGUUUCUGAAGGUGGAGUGUCUGGAGGGGGGUCAGUGGGAGGAGGGGGGGUGUGAGCCUGUGUCCUGCCCUCCUUUACCUGGGGUCUUCCAGGGGAUGUACACCUGCACCGUUGGCCUGCUGUAUGGCAGUCUCUGUACCCUCCAGUGUCCUGACGCCUCAGGGAAUAGCACAAUCCGCUGCACAAAAGAGGGAGAGUGGACUGAUGAGUUCACAAUGUGUAAGAGGAUAGAGGGGUCCUGCUCUAUACCCCCCGACCUCAACUCUGUGGAGUACAGCUGUGAUGAAGGCCUAGAUGUUGGUGCUGUUUGUUACCCAACAUGCAUUGGGGCAUUAAACAUGGAUUUGCGCGACCCAGUGCUUCUGGCCAAUAGCACCACAGCUGACACAGUCAGGCACUGGAUGCUACCCAGCAAGGUUCAGAGCGUAGUCUGCACAGGGAUGAUUAGGUGGUAUCCAGACCCAAGACUCAUCCACUGCAUACAGUCUUGUGAGCCGUUUGAGAAAGAUGGAUGGUGUGACACCAUCAACAACCGGGCCUACUGCCAGUAUGACGGGGGAGACUGCUGUCCAUCUACACUCUCCACCGGAAAGGUCAUUCAAUUUGGGGCCGACUGCGAUCAGGAUGAGUGCACUUGCCGUGAUCCCAACGCGGAGGAGAAUAAAAGCAAAGCUAAACAGUUGGAACCUGGACGGUUCUGAUGGUCCAGAACCAGAGGACAGCACAUGUAAACAGAACCAAGCUUUGGCUCCUAAUGAAACAGAUUAACUUCACCCCUGGACAUUAUAUAUUUCCAUUUUGUUUUCCCAUUAAGCAGCAAUAAAUGUUCUAUGUCUCUAUAGUCAGAAACACCAGUAUUUUGAUUUGUAGCUGUAGAGUUCAAAAUACUGCUUAUCUGUAAAGACUAACUUGUAUAGACUAAUAUAUUUGGACAAUCUUUAACAUAUUUAGAUGUAGACACAGACGUCAAUGUAUUUAACAUAUCACAUGAUACAGUAACAAACAUUUAUGAAUCUCAUAGGUACAUAACUUUAAAACCAGUUUAUGAAAUUAGACAUAAUUAGUCAUUGCUGUUUUCUCAAGAACUCUUCCAUAUAGAAAUUGUACCUUACCUGUAAUCGUGUUCUGUGUUAUUACACCGUCCUUUACACUCUUAUUGAAUAAAGUAUAACUUUUUAAG